AUGGACACUUCGGCCCUGCUCGUGAAGCAGGCAUCCCCAAGCCACGCACCCGUCGUCACCGUCUUCCACGCAAGCCCAAAGAUCCAGUCCCUCUUCCCCACCUUCAUCGACCAGGCCACCAGCGCCUCGUCGAUGGAGGCGACGGUGCAGUCCCUGACAGCCGAGGUCGUCCGCGCCGCCAGGCAGCGCAGCCCCCAACACCUCGGGGCCGCCGCAUCCGUCACACUCGUGCCCAUCCUGCGCGGGGGGCUGCCCAUGUACGCCGCCGCCUCGCAGCUGUUCCCCGCCUCGUCGUGCGUCCUCGUGCGCGGCUACCGCGCGAAGGAGGAGGGCGCGGCACCCCGGCUUGAGUGGCUGGGGCGGCGCCCGUUCCCCCUGGUGCCUGAGGGCGCCCAUGUGGUCCUCCUUGAUACUGUCGUCGCCACGGGCGGGACCAUCCUUGCCAUCUGUGACGAGCUCAUGGCGCUCAGUGGGCCGGGCGAGAAGUACAUCACCGUCUUGUCGUGCUAUGUGUCGCCGAUCGGGCUGGAGGCGGUGGCCAAGCACCCGCUGGUGCGCGAGAUCGUCGUUGCGGCUGAGGCCGAGGGGGUGGACGAGAAGGGGUACACGGUGCCGUAUCCGGGUGAUAUUGGAGAUAAAUUGUAUGGAAAGGCGGCAUCAUGA